GUUUGAGUUCUGUGUAUGUUCUAGUAUUUUUGCUGCAAAAGAUUCACUGUCAAAUCCGGAAUAACAAUGACUAUGCACCAAUUGGCAACAAACGUGCUAAUGCACGCAUUAAUAACUAACCUCGAUUCGUACGCGCCAGGUAGCAAAUCCAUUGAUCCUUACACAUUGAGCCUUCUCGAACUGCUCCUUGAGAAGAUCAAAGAUUUUCUCAAUGAUACUCACCUGGAGCUUUUCAAACUGCAUAAAAACGAAUGGAAUAUCGCCACGAUGUGUUACCAACAGCUGGAAAAAGUGGAUUGCCGAUUUUGUGGUGAUUCUUUUAAUGAGUGUGUUAAUGCGCUAAAGAACUUUACGGAACAUGAGUUGAAGAAGAAAACCAAGGUCGAAAAGGACGAGCCUCUGGCUUCGUACCUAGGGAUAAACUGCAUUCCUCGAUCGAUGGAGCAGCUUCCUAAAACGAUUAAAAAGCUUCUUAAAAAGGACACCAACACUGUUUUAAAGGAAAUUCAACUGGACACAUUGUGUGGCAAGGACAAUCCAAUAAACGCUAUCGUAGCAAGUGACAUACAAAAUGUUGUUCGGAAGGGGUUUCCACUUGCUAAAGUCUACCCGUUUGGCUCACGAUUCGUGGGUACGGCUAAUUCAGAAAGCGAUAUAGAUAUUUACAUAGAUGUUGAAGGGAAUUAUGCGUUGACAGAGUAUGGCAACAAAUGCUCUUCUUUAAGUCCUGCUGAUACAAUUGAAUCAAUUAAAUGCGUGAAGAAUCUAUUCCUUGAUAAAAUCGAUUGGUUAGUCGAUAAGAAAUUAUUAAUGGCACGAGUCCCACUGCUGUGCGUUCGCUACUUGACAUACGGUGUAAAAUGUGAUUUAUCAUUUACAAAUGGAUUGGCGCAUCAGAACUCAAUUUGGCUGGCUUACAUGUUUGACCUACAACCAAAGAGUCGUUGGCUAAUUUGCUAUCUGAAGAAAUGGAACCCAGAGAGUUGUCUGAAUACGUACACAAUAUCGUUGCUCGUAAUCUUUUUCUUCCAGUGCCGUAAUCAACUUCCCAGUGUUCAUAUGCUGCAACAGGAUGUCAAUACAGUAGGCAAAUUUAUUGACGGUUGGAAUAUCGAUUUUGCCAGGCCUACUCUAGAUCAACUGGGUUACCAGCUGUGCAAUGAUCCAAUGCCAUCGUUAGUACAUCAAUUUUUCACCUUUUACAGCGAUCAGUUCUCGCUAGAAACAGAUAUCGUUUGUCCGUUUCUAGGCCGAACUGGGAUAAAAAAAAGUCAAUUCCAAGUAACAGCAUACGAUGAACUGCCCUCCGAAAUGAGUGCUCUUUUGGUGUACAUGGAAGAACACCAAAAAGAUCCAGACAUCAAACGCCAUUUUGCCUUUAACAAGCCAUUCGUUGUACAGGAUCCAUUCGAGCUGUGCCACAACGUUGCCAAAGGUGUUGCCGUCGAUAAGGCUUCCAAAUAUUUGCGUUUAUUUGAAUUGAGUGCCAAAUAUUUUUGUUAGUGGAUAACCAUGAUCGUUUCUUUAUUUUUACUUAUGUUUCAUGCCAA